AUGGCGUCCCCUAUUCUCAGCACCCCUCCAGAGAUCUUGCGUAUGGUAUUUGCAUCCCUAUCGCCCAGUGAUCUUUGCGCAGUAUGUCUUACGCAUAGGGACUUGCGCUCUCUUGCCGAGCUAUUACUCUACGCCCAUAUUCAAUGGACAUGGACAAGCUCUCAGAACCCCCCGAUUGCUCAGUUUUUGCAAAGCAUUGUGCACAGGCCUGAGCUCGCCAGUUUUGUCCAUGUUGUGGUACUCAGUGGGGACAGUUUCGAUAGCGGCCUGUACGAAUAUAGACAGAAAAGUCCCAAACUCCCAGUCACUGAAGUUGUCUUGGAUAGGCUAGUAAAAUGCAUUGAAAGGAUCCAUAUUCCAUAUGCUGAACAAUGGAUCCAAGAGUUACGCGCUGGAACAAUGGAUGCAUUUAUCACACUGUUAUUAUCACAGCUCUCCAGUCUGAGAUACCUCUACCUGGGCAAGAAUUUCACCCGAGAGAGCCACUUUAUGGGCAUGAUGCUCCGUUCGGCCCUCUGCAAGGAGUCCCAAGAUAGCCAUCUCCCUUCCUUUACACAUCUCCAAGAUGUGUCAAUUGUGUAUCCCAGCGUUGGUCUCAAUAUUCGCAAAUAUACAAAUGUCAGGAACACAGCAGAUGUCCUCCCCCUUUUUUACUUGCCGUCAGUUAAACAAAUAAGGACCUUAGUCGAUAACCCCACUACUUUUAUAUGGCCCGGGGAAUAUCCACCAAAUCCACUGAGACUCGCAUCACUUGACUUGACGAUGUUGCGUGAAGGGCAUCUCGGUCAAAUAUUAUCUGUCACCCGAGGGCUUCAGAAGCUUCAAUGGGAUUGGUACUACCGCCUGGAUCUUGAAGAUUAUUUUGUCACGGAUAUUAUUGAUUUGGACCAAAUCGCCGCGGAUUUAUCUCACGUUCAAGAAACUUUGACAGACUUGACUAUUACGGCAGGAUCAGACGUCUCACAAGCAGACCCUGAACGCCCGGAGCUCACAUUUAGGGGGUCCUUUAAAACUUUUAGCGGACUCCAUAUGCUGAAAAAAUUGGAAGUUCCAAUUCCAUUUCUGCUUGGAUUUUCUCCGUGGGCGCCAAAUGUGGUUUGCCUAGAGGAAGCACUUCCAAAAAACAUCCAAUGGCUAACUAUCACUGAUGACCUAUGUCUCCAGCAAGAAUGGGAAUGGCAAUGGGAGACUGAAUACCUAUUGAGGGCUGUUCGAUUAUGGCUACACGACUGGAAGAAAUCCACACCUCGCCUCCGAGGAUUUUGUCUGUUAACAAAGGUGAUGAAAGUGCAGGAUUGGGACCCUGUGAUGAUACAGGGGCUCAGAGAUAUAGGUGCCCAGACAGGAAUUCAGGUUCAAAUAAUUGAAGAACCACCCAAGUGGGCAGGUCAAAUGUAA